GACCGAUCCAGACCCUCAGCUGUUUUUGUUUUGUUUGUCUGGUUGAGUCUUGAACAAGCAGUUUAAAAAAACGUACCUAGUUGCGCGUCUUCUAAAAUUAGGACAAAUAAAUGAAUACAUUGCAGGUUAUUAUACUUUCACGAUUCAAGAUAGCAGUUUCCUAUUUGUAAAUAAUGAUUUAAUUACUUAUUAUCUCACACAUUUCUUUGGAACAUACGAUUUGGGUGGACAGGAACAGGCUUUUGUUUGAUCGAUCAGAAAACAGGCCUCUGAACUAGGGCAGUAGAGCAGGAAAAUAACCGUGGACGGGAUGGAGGACCGGGUGAUAUUCGGCGGUCUGGGAGGGCCUCAAGGCUUGAUCAGCGCCUCGUUUAACCAGGACACCACGUCUCUAUCAGUGGGCACCAAGUCAGGCUACAGACUCUUCUCUGUCACCUCGGUGGAAAAGAUGGACUGCAUCCACGAAGGAGAGGAAUGUCCAGAUGUGUAUAUUGUGGAGCGGUUGUUCUCCAGCAGUCUGGUAGUGGUGGUCAGUCUGUCCAUGCCCCGUCGUAUGAAUGUCUACCACUUCAAGAGGGGAACGGAGAUCUGCAACUACAGCUACUCCAACAACAUCCUCUCAGUCAGGCUCAACAGACAGAGGCUGGUGGUGUGCCUGGAGGAGUCAAUCUACAUCCACAACAUCAAAGACAUGAAGCUGCUCAAGACAUUGCUCAACACACCCCACAAUCCAUCAGGCCUCUGUGCCCUCUCGGUGAACCAUGGUAACUCGUACCUGGCAUACCCUGGGAGUCUGACCAUCGGAGAGAUCAUGGUCUACGACGCCAAUAACCUAGUAAGAUCUGACAAUAAGGGCACAGUGACAAUGAUCCCAGCCCAUGACAGCCCCCUAGCAGCCCUCACGUUCAGUGCUUCCGGAACGAAACUAGCCAGCGCUUCCGAGAGAGGCACGGUAAUCAGAGUGUUCGCCAUCCCCGAGGGUCAGAGGCUGUUUGAGUUCCGCAGAGGGAUGAAGAGGUACGUGAGCAUCAGCUCGCUGUCCUUCAGCGCCGACGCCCAGUUCCUGUGUGCGUCCAGCAACACGGAGACCGUUCACAUUUUCAAACUGGAGCAGCACAAACUACGAGACGGGGAGUGUCUUACGUGGGGCGCGUACGUAGGGAAGAUGUUCACAGCGGCCAGCUCCUACCUUCCCAGCCAGGUGUCUGACAUCAUGCACCAGGACCGGGCCUUCGCCACUGUACGACUGAACGUGUUCGGACUCCAGAACGUCUGCGCCUUGGCCACGGUUGAGAAGCUGCCUCGCCUGCUGGUUGCCUCAUCAGACGGACAUCUCUACAUCUAUAACAUUGACCCACAGGAUGGAGAAGAGUGUGUACUGGUAAAAAAACACAGACUAUUUGAAGGAGAUGUGGAGCCACAGGAAAAGCAAAAGGAAGAGGAGCAUCCAGAGGAUGUCAAGCCCCUCCCACCGUCAACCAACCCGUCUUAUGCUGCCACGGUAGCCUUUCCUUCAGCUCCACCCUCUUCUACCACUCUCACAGGCUACUCGGAGGAUGGAGGGGCUCAGAAAGGUGAAGUGAUCCCUGAACACGAAUUUGCAGAGGGACCCGUCUGUUUGGAUGAUGAGAAUGAGUUCCCUCCGGUCAGCAACCAGAGCAACUGACCCACCUCUUCCGGGGAACCAAUCAACUGGAGCCGUUACAGAGGCAUAUCAAUGUUUAGCGAACCCUCUAGGUUCUAUCUCCAUGUCCCCAAUGAGCCAAUCAGAUGCGAUAAAUGUAGAAGCUACAGAUUUCUAUGCUGAGGUAUCCCUUUUAUCUACGGGUGACUACCUGGCCUGACAAUUCCUGUCCAGUCCACCUGGUUGUGUUACAGAUGUAGCUUCUGCCUUUACCACUCCUACUGUCACGGACCUCAGCCUACCCGGUCGUCCAUCUGGUUGUGCAGCUGAUCUGGAUUCUGCCUAAAGAUUCUGGACACAGCCCAUCUGUAUUUAUUGACCCGCUGAACAUGCAAAAAUGUUGAUGUCGCCUAAAAAUAUUAUGUAUUCUUAUAAUGUUCCAGAAGCUAGAAGAGGACUGGCCACCCUUCAGUCUGCUCCUUUAUAGGUUUCUUCCUAGGUUCUGACCCUAGAAGGGAGUUUUUCCAAGCCACUGUGCUUCAAUUUCUUGUUGUUGAUUGCACUUUUGGAUUUUAGGCUGGGCAUCUGUGGCAACUGCUUAUGUAAAAAGAGCUUUAUAAAAUACAUUGAAUUGA